UAAGAGGUUCUUAUGCUGUCUGUCGUGUCUUCUCAACAAUCGAAAUUCCGAGCCUCCUCCGCUCCGGCCCCUCAGCUCGAUACGCUAAACCCGAAAUGGCAUAAUAUGCCUUGAAUUGCGUCGCACUGGAGCUUCCCCAUCCUCCUCCUUCCGGUUCUCCCUCCCCGUAUUUAAAGUGCUCAUCGCCAACCUCUUCUUCUUUUCCACCCGCAUCCCGUCCUCUUUUACCCUUUUCUCCAAUUGAAGAGUUAAUCAAUCGCAAAAAUGUUCGCCGCAUCCCGUAUCCAGCGCCGUGCUUUCUCGGCCACCGCCCGUGACGUAAGUUAAUGCCCUCACUCAUGAGCGCACCGAUUUGUGUCUUUUGUGGUUUUUUUCCUCUUCACCGAUCGACACCGGUCCGGCUGUUGAGGGGUCAUCAUGAGAUCAAAUUUGAGUUUCAGAGCAGCUGAAACCGUUUCAAUGCUUCCAACAAGUACUAACAUGCCUUCUAUAGCUCUCUAAGGUCACCGUUCUCGGUGCUGCCGGUGGCAUUGGCCAGCCUCUCUCUCUUCUCCUCAAGAUGAACCCCCGCGUCACUGACCUCGCUCUCUACGAUAUCCGUGGCGGACCCGGUGUUGCUGCUGACAUCUCCCACGUCAACACCAAGUCCACCGUCAAAGGCUACGAGCCCAACGCUGCCGGCCUCAAGGAGGCUCUCUCCGGUGCCGAGGUUGUCCUCAUUCCCGCUGGUGUUCCCCGCAAGCCCGGUAUGACCCGUGACGAUCUCUUCAACACCAACGCCUCCAUCGUCCGCGACCUCGCCAAGGCCGCCGCUCAGGCUGCUCCCAAGGCCAAGCUCCUGAUCAUCUCCAACCCCGUCAACUCUACUGUCCCCAUCGUCAAGGAGGUUUUCAAGGCCGAGGGUGUCUACAACCCCAAGACCCUCUUCGGUGUUACCACUCUCGAUGUUGUCCGUGCCUCCCGAUUCGUUUCCGAGAUCAAGGGCACCGACCCCAAGGACGAGAACAUCACCGUUGUCGGAGGCCACUCCGGUGUCACCAUCGUCCCUCUCUUCUCUCAGUCCAACCACCCCGACCUCUCUUCCAACGCUGAGCUCGUCAAGCGUGUCCAGUUCGGUGGUGAUGAGGUUGUCAAGGCCAAGGAUGGUGCUGGCUCUGCCACUCUUUCCAUGGCCAUGGCUGGUGCCCGCAUGGCUGACUCCAUCCUCCGCGCUGUCCAGGGCGAGAAGGGUGUCAUUGAGCCCUCUUUCGUCGAGUCCCCUCUCUACAAGGACCAGGGUAUCGAGUUCUUCAGCUCCAAGGUUGAGCUCGGCCCCGAGGGUGUUGAGAAGAUUCACCCUCUCGGCAAGCUCGAUGCCAACGAGGAGAAGCUCGUUGACGCUGCUCUCGUCGACCUCAAGAAGAACAUCGAGAAGGGCGUUGCCUUCGUUGCCUCCAACCCUCCCAAAUAAAUGAUCUCUGGGCCCGCUUCGAGCUUUUAGAGAACAACCUAGCUUAAAAGAACUGGGUGUUGUGGCGAAAAGGGGAAAAAGGAUAGAGAUAAACUCUCAGUACGGAUGUCUUUCGUGUGAGGAUCGGGAAUAAGAGCCGGGGUGUAUGAGCGAUUGAUAUACCCAUGCUUUCUUUCCUACUGUUCUACCACCUCUAUAGACUUGGAAAUCCGGUCUGUGUCUGUACUAUAGCAAUGAAUGAAAAAAAUACCCCAAGAUUUUGUUAGUGACUGAAUUUGACCAGCAAGUGAAUGUUGAUACUACAAUCAGAGGUACUCCGUAGUCGUCU